AUGGAUUCGAAAGAAAUGAAGAAUUUUCUUCAUAGUGUGUCAAAGCCUAACCAUCAUUCCAAUGUUAAAGCCAGAAUUCAAAAGGAAUUAACAGAAAUUAAGAAACAAUUUUUAAAAGAAGAUAACACUUCAUCGACUGUUCUCCUUCCUAUUGCAAAAUUAGCCUUUCUCACUAUUGUUGGUGUUAAUGUUGACUUCGAAGCUAAAGAAAUUAUGCGUUGA